CAAAGCAUACGCAGCAGCAUUAUCACAUUCGAACAAAAAAAAAAGGAAAUGGCAGGUGUUGCAAAACCACUUUCAGCUGUUCUCCUCUGUUCCCUCCUCCUGCUCAGUACAUCCACGGCCAUGAUCCAUGGCAAAAAAAUGAGACUAGCAUCAUCAAACCGCCCCUGCAAAAGACUGGUAUUUUACUUCCAUGACAUUAUCUACAAUGGCAAGAAUGCAAAGAAUGCAACAUCCGCCAUUGUUGGUGCACCAGCAUGGGGAAACAGGACCAUCUUGGCGGGGCAGAGCCAUUUUGGCGACCUGGCGGUGUUCGACGAUCCUGUUACUUUGGACAACAAUCUGCAUUCAACCCCAGUUGGACGUGCUCAGGGGUUCUACUUCUACGACAGGAAAGAUGUCUUCACGGCCUGGCUUGGGUUUUCUUUCGUUUUCAACUCCACUGAGCACAGGGGAAGCAUCAAUUUUGCCGGCGCCGAUCCACUGAUGAACAAAACGAGGGAUAUCUCAGUCAUUGGUGGAACAGGGGAUUUCUUUAUGUCUCGUGGGAUCGCCACUUUGAUGACUGAUGCGUUUGAGGGUGAAGUUUAUUUCAGACUUCGUGUUGAUAUUAAACUCUAUGAAUGUUGGAAGAAAGCUUGAAUCUCCGUCUUUUCUUAUUAUGGAAACAAAAAUGCUGUCUUCGGUUUCUUCUUUCAUGUCAAGAGUGAUAUCUCCAACUAAUAAAAGGUUAAUAUUUUG